AUGGCGUCCAUAGAAUCACUCCUGAACCCCCUGCCCGACUUGGACCGGCUUUGUCUCCCCAGUUCAGCAAUGUCGAACUCUCCCAGCGUGAUGCCAUCCCGACCAACGUCUCGUCAGAAGAGGGAGAAGCCACCCAAGGAUGCUGCGAUUUUCAAGAAAGAAAAGAUCAGGGGCCAGUUGCGAUACCCACCUUGUGAGGAGCGAGAUGAAGAGUUGACCAGUAUCCACCGCGAAUUCCAGCUCUAUCCGAUGGGCGAGAUCGGGAUGUAUCCGCGCCACAUCCCGUACAACAGCGAUAAAAAGUCAUUCCAGGACCGAACCGGACGUGAAAGCUUUGAAGUCCUGCAGUAUGAAUUCGUCAUCCCUGGUGAAGACAAGAAGUGGAUGGUGAUGUGGGACUACAAUAUUGGGCUGGUUCGAACAACCCAUCUUUUCAAGUGUCAGGAUUACUCCAAGACAACACCGGCCAAAAUGCUCAACGCCAACCCUGGCCUUCGCGACAUCUGCCAUAGCAUCACAGGUGGUGCGCUUGCAGCACAAGGGUACUGGAUGCCCUUCGAAGCCGCCAAAGCAGUCGCAGCCACCUUCUGCUGGCGGAUCCGCCAUAUCCUCACGCCCGUCUUCGGCCUCGAUUUCAUCGACAUGUGCAUCCACCCGUCGGAUCGCGGGCGAUACGGCCGCAUGAUCAUCCAUAAAUCCAUCGUGGACAAGUCCACGGAAAUGGCCAACUACUACCGCGCGCUCGAACUCCAAUCCCUCUCUCCACAACCACCUCCACUCCUCACUUCGCGGAGUCUCCCAGACCCGUCAAAACCGUUCGAGAAACAAAUCCUUCCGAAAUCUUUCGAUCACCACCCCCACCACCACGGCCAUCGUCUUCGUCAUACCUACGCGGAUAGUCUCGUGGGAUACGGCUCCUCCCCUGAAUAUUCUGGUGCUAGCACCUCUGAUACGUACUGCGUGUCGCCGGUCAGUCCGAUCCGGAAUACGUUCACGCCUGUGAACACGCCGCGCAGCGCAGAUGUCGAGAUGGGGUGUCUGGGCACCGCGUCCCCGGGAGGCCUUCUCUGCUCCCUCCAAAACAUGUCCAGGAAGAGGGCUAUUGACGCGAGCGACGGCGAGAGCGGCAUCGGCAGUGGCAGCGGUAGCUCCGACGCCACGGCUUCCUCGAACACAGUGUACACCUCAUCCACGACGAGCGCCAACACGUCCAGCGAGUGUCCAUCAGAACUAGAUGACGAUGCGGAUGUCGAUGCGGAUGUCGAUGCCUAUUUCAAACCCGACGACAUCGACAUCGACAUCGCCAUUGACGACGACGAUGACGACUACCAAGACAGUUCCUACGACGAGGACCCCUCCCCUGGCAAACGAGCCCGAGCAAGCCACGCCGAAACGCGAUCUCGACGAAACCCAAACCCUAAGAAACUGCUUCCCAGGGAGGUCAAGGCCGCGCAUGCCCUGCUCAGUUUGUGCAUGCAGGACGCGACCGGUAGUGGGAGCGAUGAAGAGGGGGUCAUGCGUUGGCAGCAACAGCAGCAGCAACAACAGCAGCAGCUGAAUAGUGGACGGAAGAGACGUAGAGCGUCUGCUUGA